AUGUCUCGAAAGCAUCACACCUGGAAGGAGCAGGCUCCUUGGCUAUCCUCCUUGGUGAACGCUGUGGGGACUGGUGUGCCUGCCAAGGGCUUCCCUGUGGGUACAGAGGAGCAGGUGGCACGCUGGAACCCCCCCCGGUGCGGCGUGCCCGACCUCCCGGUGCUGACGGACGGACAGAGCGGGCGCAACCGGCAGAAGCGGUUCGUCCUCUCCGGCGGACGCUGGGACAAGACUGAUCUCACCUACAAAAUUGUCAGGUUCCCGUGGCAACUUGUAAAAGCUAAAGUGAGAAGGACCAUAGAAGAAGCUUUGAAAGUCUGGAGCGAUGUGACCCCGCUGACCUUCACUGAGGUGCAGGAGGGACGGGCUGACAUCGUCAUCGAUUUCACGAGGUACUGGCAUGGAGACAACUUGCCUUUUGACGGGCCCGGAGGGAUCCUGGCACAUGCAUUCUUCCCCAAGACACACCGGGAGGGAGAUGUCCAUUUUGACUAUGACGAGACCUGGACGAUUGGGAACAACCUGGGCACUGACCUCCUGCAAGUGGCUGCUCACGAGUUUGGCCACGUCCUGGGCCUGCAGCACACGGCUGUCUCCAAGUCCCUGAUGUCUCCUUUCUACAUCUUCCGCUACCCCCUAAGCCUGAGUGAGGAUGACAAGCAAGGUAUCCAGCAUCUCUAUGGGAAACCCUCACUGGAUCCUGACCCAACCCCAACUCAGCCAGCAGAGCUGCCUCAGCCAGAUCUCGAAACAAAUGAGAUCACCAAUGUGGAGGACGUGCAGCCCGAUGCCUGUGACACGGCCUUCGACGCCGCGUCCACCAUCCGAGGGGAGCUGUUCUUCUUCAAGUCCCGCUACGUGUGGCGGCUCCGAGCUGGAAAGCUGCAGGAUGGCUACCCAGCUCUGGCCUCCCGUCACUGGCAGGGGAUCCCCAGCUCUGUUGAUGCCACCUUCGAGGACCCUCUGGGCAAUAUCUGGUUUUUCCAAGAUUCUCAAUACUGGAUUUAUGAUGGUGAGAGAAGGGUAUCUGGUCCCACCCCGAUUGUGGAGCUGGGCCUCCCUGCAUCCCCUGUGCAGGCAGCUCUGGUGUGGGGGGCUGAGAAGAACAAGAUCUACAUCUUCAGUGGAGGCAACUACUGGCGCUUCAACCCUCACACGCGCCAGGUGGACAACAUCUACCCCCGGGCCAUGGCCGACUGGCGCGGUGUCCCGCAGGAGAUCGACGCAGCUUUUCAGGAUGAGCUUGGUUUUGCCUAUUUCCUGAGAGGCCAAGAUUACUGGAAGUUUGAUCCAGUCCAGGUGAAAGUGCUGGAGGGCUACCCACGCCAAAUCAGCCAGGACUUCUUCAGCUGUACACCUUCCUCCAACUCCUUCAGAUGAGGGGGAUGCCUGUGUCCUCCACGCUCCCCUUUUAUCACCCUUACCUCCAGCAGCCAUACAGAAGGUUCUCUCUGCCAUUCCUGGCUUCCUUCCAGGCUCAGCAUCUGACACAACAUGUGCUUGUCACAAGUGACAAAGUUUGCUCCUCUCCAGUUCCAGCAACCCCAGCUUCAGUUGCUAUCAAUGUAAAAGCAGCUGCCAUGUUCUUUGCAGGCGAAAGAGUGGCCACACUCUUCUAGCAAUAGCAUCCCAAAAGCCAUCAGGCCAGCCUGGAGCGGGAUCAUGCUCUCAUAAUUAACCUGGACCCCAUCCCGUAGAACUGAUCCGAUGGUAUUUCCUAUGUUUACACAGCUCACUACAGCAGCCCUUUGGUGCUCCAGACGCUGGCCAGGGAGGAAGGCUGCCCCAGCCCUAGCCAGGGGGU